AUGGCUGUGCCGACGCCCAAAUACGGCGGAGGCUUUGGCAAGGGCGGGGGCGCCCGACCAGGGCAGGCAGCGCAGGACCGCGGUAAAGGUGGCGGCAGGGGUGGAGGCCGUGGGAAGGGGUGGAACAACAACGCCCCGAGACCCACGGGCAAGUCGCAUUGGUUCGUCAACGAGGGCGAGGAGGAGGAGGCGGAGGAGUGGGAGGAGCCGAGCAGCUGGAACGGUGGAUGGAAAGCCAGCACCAGUAGCUCCAGCAAGGGCUACUGGAAGUGGCAGGCCGCCGAGGAAUGGGAUGAAGGUGGCGAAUGGCAAGACGAGGAGGAGGCGUGGGACGAGAACGAGUGGGAGGAGGAGUGGGACGAAUGGGAGGAGGACCGUGUCCUAGACCCUUCCGUCCUCUCGCGGGUAGAUUGGAGCAAGGGACAACGGAAACUCCUAAAAUUCCCGGAAAAGGACCCUAGACACCCUCGAAAGCUUGAGCUGCUUGAGCACUUGGCCCCACCCAAACUAGAGGUCCAAAGAGCAGUUGACUGA